AUGGAGUACUUGAGUAAGUCCCUCCAUGAGCUGAAGAAGGAGCCUACAUUUCAGCACCACCCCAGGUGCAGGAAAUUGGACAUAACUCAUAUAAGUUUUGCUGAUGAUCUAUUGUUAUUUGCCAGGGGUAAUCUGUCUUCAGUGACUGGACUAUACAAGUGUUUCUCUCAGUUUUCUAAAGCAUCAGGAACUAAUACAAUAACUAGGAAGGCAUUAGUGGCAUGGGAUAAGAUAUGUACUCCUAAGUCAGUUGGUGGUCUUUAUCUUAUAAAUCUCCCUCUGUGGAACAAAGCAGCAAUUGCUAAAACAUGGUGGGAUUUAGCUCACAAGCAGGACAAGUUAUGGAUAAGGUGGAUUAGUGCCUACUACAUCCAACAGCAGCAGCUACAGCAUAUGCCAAUCCCACAACAAGCAAGUUGGAUGGUGAGAAGAAUAAUUGGAUCAAGAGUUACCAUGCUGCAGGCACAGAACUCCAGUGAUCACAAUACCAGUAGUAUUAGACAAAUAUAUCUACAGCUGAUAGGAGAAUUGCCAAGAGUGAGCUGGAAAUGUCUAGUCUUUCAGAAUUCUGCUCGACCAAAGGCAGUAUUCACUAUGUGGUUGCUACUGCAUGGAAGACUACCUACUAAGGAUAGACUAGCCAACUGGGGAAUAAAUGUCACUCCUCACUGUGUAAUGUGCUCAGGUCAGGUUGAGACAAGGGAGCACCUCUUUGUGCAAUGUUCAUAUGCAACAGAACUGUGGAACAAAGUUAUGAAAUGGAUUCAGAGAGACCAAAUGAUAAGCUCAUGCUGGGAUCUACAUCUUUAG